GUCCCACCACCAUCAGCACCUGCACCACCAGCUCUCCUCUUCUCCCCCUCGUGUCUCAGCCCCGUCCUUCUCUACCUCUGCUGUUACGAUGGCAACUGCCGCCACUGCUUCCUCCUCAUCCCCGUCAACCUCAUCAUCGCCCAAUGGCAGUGCCCGGGAGCACCUGCUGGCAGUGCGUCGGCGCACCCCGCACGCCCGGCCGUACACAGUCGGACCCGACAACCUCCGCAGCCUGUCGAUGCAGGGAGCAGUCGGCGGCUCUGCGUCGUCCUCCUCCUCCUCUACGAUGUCAUCAGCAAACCAGCCUGAAGCAGCGGGGAUGGGACUCCAGAGGGCCAAUAGUGACACAGACCUGGUGACCUCAGAAAGCCGCUCAUCGCUCACGGCGUCUACGUACCAGCUGACACUAGGUCACGGCCACCUGGUGAUCUUUUGGGACAUUAAGGAGGAAGUGGAUGCCACUGACUGGAUCGGCCUGUACCACAUUGAUGAGACGUGUGUGGCCAAUGUGUGGGACUCCAAGAACCGCGGAAUAAAUGGCACCCAGAAAGGACAGAUCGUGUGGAGGCUGGAGCCGGGGCCCUACUUCAUGGAGCCUGAGACGAAGGUCUGCUUCAAAUACUAUCAUGGUGUCAGUGGAGCGCUACGAGCCACCACGCCGUGCAUCACCGUCAAGAACCCGGGAGUGUCGGUGAGCAGUGAAGGCCAAGCGGAGGAUCAAGCAGGAAGUGAGCACUGUCGGAAGCUGGUCAGCUUCACCCUAUCAGUCAUCCGUGCCAUGGGCCUCAAGAAGGGCAUGUUCUUCAACCCGGACCCCUAUCUGAAGAUGUCUAUCCAGCCUGGGAAGAGGAGUGGCCUCCCCAAGUUCACCCAUCACGGCCAAGAGAGACGGUCCUCCAUCAUCGCCAACACCACCAACCCCGUGUGGCAUGGGGAGAAGUACACCUUUGUGGCUCUGAUGACUGAUGUGCUGGAGAUCGAAGUGAAGGAUAAAUUUGCCAAAAGCCGACCAAUCAUCAAGCGCUUUCUGGGUCAGCUGAUCAUACCUGUGCAGAGACUUCUGGAAGGGCCAACAGCUGAUGAUCAGCCAGUCAGCUACAGCCUGUGUCGCCGCCUCCCUACAGACCAUGUGAGCGGACAGCUUCUCUUCAGAGUGGACAUCACUUCCACUGGACAGGAGGCCUCCCCAGACACAGUGGGAGCCAUCCUGGGCAGUGCGGCUAAUGGCGACCCCGGCAGUCCUUCUGAUGAUGAAGACCUCCCUCACCCUUCCUUAUCUUCACGUGUCACCUGUGGACCUUCUCCCACAGGCUCCAGUGAGGGCCCCUUGUUAGUUAAUGGUUCAUGUUACUAUGGCAGUGAUAGCGUGUGGCAGGAGAGGCAGAUGGGAGAAGAGGAUCUCCUUCCUGUGUCUUUGACUGGCCACACCCACCGGCAGGUGUCACUCAAUGACUACCUGGAUGCCAUUGAAUCUCCCAGGAGCCCCGGGGAGCGACCUCUGACAGGGCCUUCACCGAAGCUUCGCUCCAGCUUUCCAACAGACACGCGGCUCAACGCCAUGCUGCACAUAGAUUCAGAUGAGGAUGAGGAGACAGCAGGGCAGCACAGGGACCAGUCACAGGAGAUGAAGGCACAGCAGAACACAAACUCAUCAAAAAGAUCUCCUGAGUCUCGACAUGUGAACAAGGGGUCAAAAGGCGAGCCAUGGGGGAACUCUGGUGCUGGAGCUGGAGGUGGAACUGGGGCCACAGCAGAAGCAGGUUCUUCUACUGGUGCUGAAGCUGCAGCAGAAGCUGCAGAAGGUACAAGUGAGACCAGAGAGGCGGCACAGAUCACUGGAGAAACGUCCACAGCUUCCAGUUCGUCUGAGGCAUCAGGGACUGAGGCAAAUACAGCAGUUGGAGCAGGAGAGUCUGCCGGGGAGUGCACCUGUCAAGAGCAGAGCUGUAGGAGGGGGGCAGCUCAGGAGGUGCCCUGUACUCCUUCACUGGGUCCUCUUUCACCCAUCCAGGAGGUAGAAACCAGAAAAGAGGUGGCUCCCAAAGCAGAGGAAGAGGGAGCAGAGUCUUCAAGCAGUGAAGCAAAUGGUCCGGUGGCAGCAGCAGCUCCACCCAGCAGCAGCACCGCUGACCAGGAAGAAGGAGGAGCAGCUGGACCGAGCGCUGAAGGGGAGGACAGGCAGGAGGGGCAGGAGGGGCAGGAGGAGAAGGCCGGGGAGGUGUGGAGGAGGCGGUCCAUGCAGGCCUCCGGAGGAACUGCCCAGAACCAGGAGGGGUCCAGAGAGGGUGAAGGCGGAGUGUCCGUGGGUGAGAGAGAGACAGGUGCCACAGCUCAGGUCAACGGCCACCAGUCUGUCCGCUCCCUGCCGUCUGUCCGUCAUGACAUCAGCCGCUACCAGAGAGUGGACGAGCCUCUGCCGCCCAACUGGGAGGCUCGCAUCGACAGCCACGGUCGCAUCUUUUAUGUGGACCACGUGAACAGAACGACGACAUGGCAGCGUCCCACCGCUCCCCCCGCCCCACAGACCCUCCAGAGGUCCAACUCCAUCCAGCAGAUGGAGCAGCUGAACCGCAGAUAUCAGAGCAUACGCAGAACGAUAACCAAUGACAGCAGACCAGAGGAGCAGCCAGGAAGCGAGCUGCAGAUAGACGAGACCGACGCACACUCCUCCAUCCCAGAGCUGCGUAGGGACAGCACCGUGGCUCAGUCCAGCUCCAGGUCCCGGCUCACCCUGCUGCUUCAGUCGCCUAGCGCCAAGUUCCUCACCAGCCCCGACUUCUUCACCGUGCUGCAUUCAAACCCUAGUGCCUACCGUAUGUUCACCACCAACACAUGUCUGAAGCAUAUGAUCAGUAAGGUUCGUCGGGACGCUCACCACUUUGAGCGCUACCAGCACAACAGGGAUCUGGUCGCCUUCCUCAACAUGUUCGCUAACAAACAGCUGGAGCUGCCAAGAGGCUGGGAGAUGAAGCACGACCACACUGGCAAGCCUUUCUUUGUCGACCAUAACUGCCGUGCCACCACCUUCAUCGACCCCCGGCUGCCUCUCCAGAGCUCUCGGCCCCCGAGCCUUCUGGUUCACCGUCAAUACCUCACCCGUCAGCGCAGCCACAGCGCCGGAGAGGUCAGCCCACGGCGACUGGUUGGUGAAGACCCCCGUCAUGCUGGUCCUCCCGUCCUGCCUCGACCUUCCAGCACCUUCACCUCUGCCAGCAGGGGGCAGAGUCCAGACAUGGU